UUUUUUGAAAACUACAACUUGCACUUCAUUCUUUACUCUGGAUCGGUGUAGAACAAGUGGCAGUAUUCAGGAUGACUAAUACUUUUGCGAAGUACAGACAUUGUUGCAGAAAACAUUUUUUCUUUUCUGAAUAUUAUGCACUACAUUGAAAUUAGAAAAGCCCACUGGCUAAAUUCCUGCACAGCAAUAAAGCACAAUAGCCAGAUUACCAAUGUAACAUUUUGCUAAUAGCUUGAUUCUUUCUGUCCUUUGAAAAUGGGAGCCUCAAACUGCUGUCCUGCUCAAACAUACUUGAAUCAAAUGACUGGCUUGUUAACAGGCCUUUGUCUAACUUGAUGGCCUGCUGAAGAGGUGAUCCAAUCUGGCGCAGGUGAAUCUAAACCAUGAUGUAGGGCAGAGACUCGAUGAUUUGGGAAAUCUCUCCUUUAAACUGAGAGCUUUACCGCGCUUUUUCAUCGAACGUAGUCUCGUCACUCCACCAGCAGGUGUCGCCAGUGGAAACGCAACAAACGAGCUUGUUUACUUUUGAUGGUUCUAAAACCACGAGUCCGUUUGCGUUUCUUUGAAUUAAUUAGACGACCAUGAGCUACAGCGAAGCACGUUUAUUGAGAGCCAGGCAGCUCGUCCUGCCACCCAUCUCCAACAGGACUCUGCAGCACCCCUCCUUCCUGCCUCUUUACAUGCCCACAAGUUUUUAUCACACUUUUCAGGGAGACGCUCACCCAGGUUACCCAAUGAGUCCCGUGGAGCUCUUCUACACAGACCCCACUCUGCCCUGCGGGAGGAGGAUCUAUAAUAGUCUGAGUAGGAAAAUGGUUUUUGAUUGCUCCCAGCUCAACACUCCUCCCCCCGUCAUGUCUGCCUGCGUCGCCCCUGCAAGCUGCCCAGAUCCAUUCAGGGCCGGACCUCACCCCACCAACAACCUGGGCAGCCCAAGCUGGAGACUCCAGGGCGUCCACCCUCCUCAGGUGCAGCCGAGGUUUGUGGUCAUCCAGCUCACUCAGCAGGAGGACCAGGUUAUUACCAACCUGUUGAAACUCCACCACCAGGAGGCGCCUCAGAGCAAGGAGAGAGUCGCCGCUGCACAAGCUGACUUCCCAGGAGCUUUAAAGUCAAAUCCCAGAGAUUUUAGCACAGGUUCACGGGAGGGUGCAAACAAGGUUUUCUGCAUUGAUGCGUCGGAGGAGCGACAGAAAUGGUCAGACGCAGAGUAUGAAGCUGCCAACACUCUAUUGAGCAGCUUCCAGCAAGUGGAGGAUUUAAUAGGAAACACAGCGAUGCCUCCUGAUCAUCUGCAGUCCCAAACCUCUCAGACAGAACUAGAAUGCCAGACUUUCCCACCAUCAGUAACUUGUUACAGUUCACAAAAAGGAAGCUGCCUCAAGGAGAACGGAGACGUCGGGUCUCAGGAGGAUAUGACCUCAUGUCCAACAGGUUUUGACAGCAAACUGGAACAAGAGAAGGUGGAGGGCAGGUCAGAGGAGCGGAUGCUGACAGAUUUGGAAGGGGACGCUGUGGAGGUUCUGCUCAGCCUCAGGGAGGCGACGACUUUCGAUGCCACGCAGUGAUCGUGUUGAACCAAAGGAUCGGUUUUGGAAUGAGUCUUUGAUUUUGGUUGUGGAGGCCACGAACUGGGCAAUUUAUCCUCCGAAAAACCCCAAGACUUCAAUUUGUCAUUCUUUUUUUUUACCUAGUUGUAAAAUGUCUUAAAUAUAUGUUCACGUUUGUACUGUGACAUUAAUAUGUUGUGUUCAAUAAAAAUGUUUCCUUUUCAAACACGA